AUGGACUCGAUCUCUCAUUCAAAAAAGGUCCUGCCUUCCACCGAGAAGCCUGAUUCCGUCAGAAGGCCCUCGCUCUUACCCGCUUUUGAGCCCUUGUCGUCGUCACCCGGCGGCCUCCCAAGAGCCUUGAAACGCAAAUUCAUGGAAGAUGAAGACGACACGCGCAAGUUCUACCCUACUCCAGUGCCAACUUCUGCCACGGGUAUCCUCUCGUCAUCGCCAAAUCGACGCGUCCUAGGACUGCAGCGUACCGCGUCGUAUUCGUCGCUCUCCGAAAGAGCCCCAUUAGGCACAGUACCCAGUGUCAAGCUUCCCUCCAAUGGCGACCCGCUGCUCAUGGGCCGCUCGAGUAACUCGUCCGACUACCAACUAUCGGCCAACCGCCUUAUCUCACGCGUUCACGUCAAGGCCACAUACAAUGCACCCGAGGGUCCGCGUCUUCUUGGCGAGAUGGUCGUCCAGUGUCUAGGCUGGAAUGGUGCAAAGGUGCACUACCAGGGAUCCAUCGUCGAGUUAGCAAAGGGAGAGAGCUUUGUCUCGCAGAAGCCAGGAUCCCAGGUCAUGGUCGACGUCCAGGAAACCCGUGUCUUGCUUGCAUGGCCGCAGGAGGAAAAGCAGUGUCCUUGGGACCUCGAGUCGUCAGUCAGCAGGGAGACCAGUGCUGUGCCUGAGAGAAUUGCAUCGAGUCCUCCUCCUGUCCUUCCCAGACUUCGCUCGCCCGAGUCUCCUUCGCCCAACCAACACGACAACGUCAACGACACCUUCUCCGAGACAUUCAUCGCCGACCCCUUCGAUCUCCCCAGCAGCCCGGCUCCCGUCCACGUCUACGAGGAUGACGAACAAGCCGAAGAAGACGACUUGCCUGCCUCGUCUACUCCCGUCCCAGCAGCCAGACUUUCUCCGGACCCUGCUGUCCGCCUAACACCUACGCCUACCAAAGCUAGUGUGCAACUGUCCAUGGCGACAAACUCCUCAGACGCGCCUGAAGAAGCACUUGAGAAUGAUGAAGAGAACGAUCCUAUUGUCCACUCCUUUGGCCCAUAUGGUGACAACCUCCUCGAGCGUUUCGAGUCUUUCAAGUCGACCUGCAAAGAGGAAGACCGUCCUCGCAUCCCCCUCAAGAUCACCCUCAAGCUUGCAAACCAACUACCCGUCGACACACAAGCCGCCCAGUCCACUCGCAACCUCUCGCCAGUCAAGAACCAUAUCAUCAAUCAACUGGCCUUUACACGCAUCCACUCUCUGCCUAUUUCGGCCAUCUACAACAACCUCCCUGCUGAGAUGAAGGGUGGCCGUAGCUUCGGCGAGAAGGCUCUGUCCUCCGAAGAACUGAAGGACCUCAUGGACAGGAUCCCUUGUGUCGGCGAGAUCGCCCGCUCAGGCAAGGAUGCCGCCGGCAAGGCUCUGGAAGAUGAGUUCUACUACGUUCCUGAAAUGGACAAUGACGAGCAUCGCCGUGCCGCCGUCAGCAUCGCCAAACCCCCUCUUAGAUCCACUCGCAAACAACACAAGCAAUACUAUUGGAAGAAGCCUCGCGUCUGA